UGGAUCUGCGGCUGCCUGCCCUCCGAAACCCAAAAUUCGCCCACCGCAAAGCAAGCCAAACCAGGCUCAGGAGCAACCUGUAUUACAGUCCAUUCAAAAAACACCUUCCCUCCAACCCUCCUCUGACCUCACUCCCACCCAAACUCUCUUCCUAACAGACCUGAAAUUUCUUCCUUUGACUUCAUAUGGUUUCGAUAGGAAGCAUUAUAAUAACUGAUACCCUUCAUCCCAGUCACCUCUAGCAAAACUCAAACCGCUUCUUCCAUCGCGAGCAAUGGAGAGCCUUCAACUAUCCCAGGUUCUUGCCGACCUCAGCAAUAUCGGCGCCGCCGAUCCGGGAGCCGCAGAGGCCAUCGUCAGCGCCAACAACCCCUCCAACUCUAGUUACACGCGAGUCGAAGUGACUGCAGCUGCAACUGCCCCUACCUCGAGUCCGACUACGAAUCAACAGCGACGUCCCACAGGCUUACAGCGGCAUUGGUCGUCGGAGAAAUUCGACAAAUUUGGCCGCCGCAUUCUCUCUCCCAGUUCCCACUCCGGGUCAGCCGUAAACUCUAGCCCUGGAACUCCUCGCCGAGGCGAAUCUGAUGUGAGGCAACCCCACCAAUCGUCGUCUCAAAGGCGGAGCUGGGACUCGGGCACUGACAGAAUUGCUGUACAGUUCGAAGAAGACCUGGAGAGAGCAAGCACGCUCAUGCAACUAUACGACAUUCGCUCCAAGAUUAAGCAGCAGGAUAACAGCAGCCUGCUCAGAGCUCGAGAGAAGGUCAACGCGAUAGCAGCGCGACAACAAGCUCAGCAGGCCGCGGAACGCAACAUGAAGGCAGCUGACGAGCUUCGACGACAACGCUACUCUUUCCCAAGGGCCGGUCUCUGAAGCGAAUGACCCCUUACGAUUUCCUUAUAUCUCCUCAAGACGGAUCACGGGCUCGUUAUGAAAGGAUAGGCGCUGGGUAAUAUCUGAUUGGUGUUCAUGGUAUGAUUUCUUUGACGGCGUUUGGGACACAAAAGUAUAUGCCGUCGGUGGAUGAAACCGAUCCUAGUAUGAAGAGCGAGGUUGAAGGCAACCCUGAUAUGUUUUAACGACUGGAACUGCUGACAUUAAUACGAUACGCUUGGAUGAUCGAAGCGGAAGCUGUUCUUUUGGCACUUUGGGGGACCAAGAUGGCACCAAGCACUGCAUGUAUACCAUGGGGAUAACGAAAGCGGUUUUUAUGUUCUCGAAUAAUUCGACUUCUUCAAAUUAUCAUAGAUAUGCCCCAACUUCGAUCACUUUCCACAGACGGCACAUGACAUCAAUUCUUGCAUGAUUUGAGCCUCUUGGCCUAAUGCCUCUAUGUAUGCAAGGAUCAUAUACGGCCGAUAGAUGAUUUAAUUAAUGCUUAGCUAUUUGAGAAAGAACAGCAAAGAUUAGUAAUAUGCUUAAAUAUCAUGGGCC